AUGAGCGCGUUUGCUGCCUUCAAGCCGGCUUCUUCAGAAGUCCAUGUUGAAUCAAAAGUGGAUGCUCUGCCGAUACUCCUCGAGUCCAUGGCUACAUGCUCUUCUUUUGUCCCUUCGUUCUCAAACACUAUAUUAAAGCCCAACUCAAUACUACAUGGGUUGCAUAAGGACGAAUACCUAAUAUUCAGAGGGAACUACACGCUCAAAGUUCAUAGUGGAGCUAUUUUACUCAAUAAUUUACACCCUGUGGUUGUAGGUUCGUCGCACCUCGUAGUUACAAACUCUUCUGAGUCUCUACCGAUUAUAUCCUGCAGCUGUUCCGAGAGUAGAUCAGAGCUUAAGAGUAACGAUUUUAAUCAACUUUUUCCAAGUCACGAUUCUAUUAUCGAAAUCUUCAAUGUUGAUAAUGGCUUACCUGAGAUUGGUGACCUAUAUCCACCUUUGGAGGAUCAUUACUUCAGGAGUUCGGGUGCAUACUCAUUCGAGCUAAUUCUUCCAGAUCUGAUCAUAAAUUGCACUUCUGUGUAUCUUGAUAGACAUACUCAGCGAUCUCUUGUCAAACUUGCAAAAGAAAGCAGUACUCUUGUAGUCUAUGGGGUGCCCACAAGCGGGAAAACAACCAUCGCAAAAUCUCUUUUGAAUACAGCUCUUCUGCUAGGAAAUCUAGAGGUAGCUUACUUGGACCUAGAUCCUGAGUCAACUAGUGCAUUGAUUCCAGGAUGUCUAUCAUACACGUUGCAUUCGAAGCCGGUGUAUGGAAGCUUCCUCCCCUCGCAAAAGGGCUCUAAUCCGAAAGACUUGCAUUUCUAUUGGGGCUUCCAAUCUUACCUGUCUUCGCCACUGCGAUACUUGCAACUUUGUGAAGAACUCAUUCAGCAUCAUCAGGGCUCAGAUCGCGUCCCACUCAUUGUUAAAUUCCCGAGUUAUAUCAAAGGCUAUGGUAGAGACAUUCUUACAAAAAUAGUCCAGCUUCUCCAAGCUAACCAUCUUAUUUACUUGACUCACAGAAAUGCUGUGCAGUUGAACGGAUUCGAGGCUUCAGAUGCCUUUGAGGCACAGGACAAUCCGGAUUCAGAAGUUACUGCUCCCUUCAAAGAAUUCACAGCCGUUAAAAGUCUUAGAGCAGUGAGGAAGAGUUCUGAAAUCAGCAAAAAGGAUCUUUUUGUGCGUAACAAGCUUUUACAUUUUCACCAAACCGAGGAGGGCAAUUUUGAUUUCAAACCCAUCAUCUCUAAACUGCCCUCCAGAUUGUCUUUUAAGUAUAUUUCGGCAAUAAGUGUUUUGAAUUACGAUCUCGAUGAUUCAUCUUUGGCAUUCGAAACGAACAAACUUGCCGAAGCUACGAUUAUGGGUAUUUUUGUUUCUCCCAAAAAGAAUUUUAAAACAGAUGGACUAUAUCUCAAUGGACUGGAUUUUCUUUCGAUGAAUUGCCAAUUCAUUUGCCUAUGUUUGGUCCAUUCGUUGGAUUUAGACAAUGAUUUUGUGAAUUUGUACUUGCCUCUGGAUCCAAGUUGUCCUGAAAAGCUACAGAUACAUCUAGAAAAAGGAAAAAGGUUAAUUUUGGCAAGAGGCGAGGGCGUUAUACCUUCUGUUGAAAUGGUCACAAUGGAUAGAUUUGAGCCUAUAGUCCCAUAUAUUGAUAGCGCCGCGAAGAAGAGGAUUGGAGGUGUAUGGAAGCCACGUCGUGGUAUAAGCAGAAAGAACCAAGGAUGA